GAUACUACAGAUCUCUGGGAAGGGAGGUUAAGACUUACCUGGAGAAGAACAACCAAUGCAUGCUGACCCAGGGCAUGAUACAGACAUGAUGGAACCAAGCCAACAUGACAAUCAAUCUGAUCUUAUGAAUGGCAGCACUACAGCAGAAGUUCUCAUCAACACCAACGAGGUCUUGGUCACCACGUUCCUUGGAGGGAUCCUAGCCACCAUGUGCCUCAUUGGGAUGGUUGGGAACAUCUACACCUUGGUGGUGGUCAGCCUCUCCAGGAGACUCAACGGCUCGAUGUAUGUUUACAUUGUGAACUUGGCCGUGGCGGAUCUCCUGUACCUCUCCACCAUCCCUUUCGUUAUCUGCACUUACGUCAUGAAGGACUGGUACUUCGGGGAGGUGGGCUGCAGGGUCCUCUUCGGCUUGGACUUGCUCACCAUGCAUGCCAGCAUCUUCACGCUCACCGUCAUGAGCACCGAGCGGUACUUGGCGGUUGUGAAGCCCUUGGAGACCCUCAGGAGGCAGAAGGUCUACAGAAGAGCCAUUGCUGGUUCUGUGUGGGCCGCCUCUUUCCUCCUUACCUUGCCCACCAUGAUCCUCAUUGACCUACGGGUGAGCAGCCGUGGAGGCGUGACCAAGCGCAUGUGCCACCCCAUGUGGCGCUUGGAGUCCUACAAAGUCUACCUCACCCUCCUCUUCAACACCAGCAUCUUGGCCCCGGGUCUCAUCAUCUGCUAUCUGUAUGUUCAGCUGGCCAGGACUUACUGGAGAUCCCAAGCGGUCGUCUUUGGCCACCACGACGUGAAGCGGUGCCCUAAGCGGAAAGUUCUGUACAUGAUCUUCUGCAUUAUCCUUACCUAUUGGACCUGCUUUAUCCCCUUCUGGCUUUGGCAGCUCCUCAGUGUCUACCAUCACCACCAGCUGGCGAAGCUCAACAGCCCCGCGGUGGUCUGCAUCAACUUCCUGGUGACUUGCCUGGCUUACAGCAACAGUUGCAUCAACCCUUUUCUCUAUACGCUGCUCUCCAAGAAUUACAAGGAGUACCUAAGGAGCCAGCAGAAGAACAGCACCCUCCUCUCCAAGGUGAAGGCCAAGAGGGACUCUUCAAGGAAAUCCAUGCUCUGUGGAAGCCAGGCAUGCACAGAGAGCAUGGCCACUGCCCAUCUUGAGGGCAUCACCCUCCAGGGCACACAGGACUCAGGGAUUGGGUGA